AUUGUGUCAGAGUUUAUGGCCUUACGAACUACAAAUAGGCUGCAUGUCCAUCUUUGAUGGUGGUUUUGAACCACCGUGCGGAACCGGUGUUCAAGAAAUUUUCUGCUUUACGUCGGACAACAAAAAAUGUGUUGCGUCCAAUGAUAUGAAGCCAUUUGUCAUUUCAUGUCAAAAUACUAUUCAAAGCGGAGUAGUACAGGCGACAUUUGGGUUUUAUGGGAUUCGAAGUAUGGAGCAGUAUCUCUGGGAUAAUUCAACACGUCCCCGAAUUUAUUUCAGCUUAGACCCUGCCGACCAGGAAAUGGUUGACGAUAUGGUUGAACUGGUCCAACAAAAUUAUACAAGCGAAACCUUUGUUGGGCAACCUGUGGAAUUUCGGUGCAGGGUGACCUCGAUCUAUUGCGGUUAUCCGUUGUGGAUAAGUAUUACUUAUGAAGAAGGAGAAACACUUUAUUCGGAACUGCUGUAUAAUUCCAACAACAACCCCAAACUUGGGACAAUUCAUAACAUCACUUCCCCGCACUAUCCAGGAAAUAUUGGAUGGUAUUACGAAACCCUAUACGAAUUUGUGGUUCUAAAAUCUGGCCAGUUCACAACCAGCUGUCAUUGCCCAUAUUUAAUUCAUCAGGAUGGAUUAACGCCACAGAAACUGUGA